UCUCUGGAUAAAAGCCCUUCUACACGCAGGUGUCUCUCUGUGUCUGUGUGUCUCUGUGUGUCUCUGUGUCCCACUGCUGCUGCUGCUGCUGCUGCUGCCGAUCUACAGAAAAGGAUGGCAAACACCGACAGAACCGCGAUUUCCCACGUCUUCAGGGGAACAUUUAUCCACGCGACCCAGAAGACGGCGGUGCAGAUCCUGGAAGACGCGCUCGUGGGAGUGGACACGGAGGGGAAGGUUGCUUUCAUUGGAAAAGGCGACAAACUCGACACGCUCUCUCGGACGUUUGGAUUCAGCCCGCGUGAAGUCACACAACUGACACAACAUGAGUUCUUCAUGCCCGGGAUGAUAGACAGCCACAUUCAUGCGUCCCAGUACAGCUAUGCUGGUACAGCUCUGGACUUGCCGUUACUGCAGUGGCUUAGCACCUACACCUUCCCUGUGGAGUCUCGCUUCAAAGAUCUGGAGUUUGCCAAAAAGGUCUACACUCAAGUCGUGAAAAGAACCCUGAGAAACGGAACAACCACCGCGUGUUACUUUGCCACCAUUCACACAGACGCCUCUCUGCUGCUGGGCCAGAUAGCAAAUGAAUUUGGACAGCGUGCCCUGGUGGGUAAAGUGUGUAUGGACAGAAACAAUUCAGUGAAGCAUUACAGAGAGACCACACAGGAGUCUCAAGAGGAAACCUGUCGGUUCAUCGUGGAGCUCUUAAACAAAAAGUAUCCUCUCGUGAAGCCAGUAGUGACUCCACGCUUCGCUCCAUCCUGCACAGGAGCUUUGCUCGGACAACUGGGAUCAAUCGCUAAGAAUAACCACCUGCACAUUCAGAGUCACGUCAGUGAAAACAUCGAGGAGGUGAACCUCGUGAAGGAGCUGUUCCCCGAGUCGGAGUCGUACACCGACGUCUAUCACAAAUACAACCUGCUCACUGACAAAACAGUGUUGGCCCACGGCUGCCACCUCACUGACAAAGAGCUGGAUCUGCUGAGAGAGACGGGAGCCUCCUUGUCUCACUGUCCCAGCUCCAACUUUUCAUUGUGCAGUGGUGUGUUAAAUGUCCGAAAUGUCCUGAACCGCAAAGUGAAGUUGGGUCUGGGAACAGAUGUGGCAGGAGGCUACUCCGCUUCGAUGCUGGACGCUGUGAGGAGAACGUUGGACGCGUCCAAAGUCCUGACCAUCCAGGACCCAGACCAUGACACGCUCACCUUUGAGGAGGUUUUCAGACUGGCUACACUGGGAGGAAGCCAAGCUUUGUCCCUGGAUGACCAAACGGGGAAUUUUGUCGUGGGCAAAGACUUUGAUGCCCUGAGGGUGAAUGUUGCUGCACCCGGGGCACCAAUCGACCUGAUACAGAGUGAAGAACCAAAGAUUCUGUUGGAAAAAUUCUUAAAUUUGGGUGAUGAUCGGAACAUAGUGGAGGUGUUUGUGGCCGGGAGGAGGGUUGUGCCUUUUGCAGAGCCAGUGGAGUAAACUCACCUCCACCUGUGUUGGAGACUCUACACUUGUUAUCUGGCCAUGUGCUUUUUUUUUUUGACAGAGCCGGUGCUUUUAAAAUCUCGGCAUUUCAAAAACAUCUAGUCUGGUGUGUGGCCGCUCGCUCGGUCAGACAGUCCUCUUUCCUCUUCCUCUCUUCCUCUAACAACAGUGUUCCUCUGGUUCUUUUUUGCCGGUCGUGUUGUGUGUUGAUGGUGAACAAUGAACUAGGUUUAGUUAAGUUUUUAAAUGUGUGUGUCGUGCCUUUAGGCAAUUCGUGUUUCUUGACAGACCUGAGACUUCACAAGACCUCCUGAUUCUAAGGACUCCAGGCCGGUGCCCCUGAUCUUGCAAGGCUGGUCAAACAGGAGGGGGCAGUGGAGGGGACAGCCCUCUCUCUCCCCACAACAAGCUGUUUACCAUAGUUGAUGGUGUGCAGUUGACCAUCACAUAUCUAAAGCGAUGGUAAUAGUGUAUUUUCUUUUCUUUUUUGUCAGUUUUACAGAUAAUGUCUUGGCCUUUUUGCACACUGUUGUGGAUUUAGACUUCUGGCUUUGACUGUCUAUAACAAACAUGGAUAUAAACACAAUGAUAAGUACCAGUUUUUUAAAAUCCUUUUUCCUAAUUUUAAAGCACAUUACAGUCCAAACGUGGCUGUAGAUGUACAAGGUAGUUUUAAAUAUUCUAGACAAACAUAAUCUGGCAAAUUGUUUCUCUUAAUAUAAGAAAAUGUAAGAAUAUUUGCUUGUUAUUUCUAGUCGGGUUGUUUUUGCAGUGUAAAGCUGACAUGACGGUCCCUUUUUUUUGAAUGAGAUUGACUUGAAUUAUAGUCACAUCUUUAACUGAUUCCAUUCAGUGUUUAUAUGUGGCAAAAGUUGAUUUUUUUCUGGGCCAAAUACAUUUUAUCUAACAUUCACCUGCUUCACUGAAUGGUUUUGUUUUACUAUUUACAAUUUUAUGUUUUUACUCUUAACGUGUUUUUUUUUUUUUAUGAAAUGUUUGAUUUAAAGUUCCACUCUGUACUGAUGAACUAUACUAUGUAUUUACACUCACUGGCCUCUUUAUUAGGUACAUGGUGCUGUAUACAUGUGCUUCAAGGGUCAACAUGCAUUUAGAGACAUCGUGGUUGUUUUAUGCUUAACGGUUGCCAUUUGUAUCACUUUGAACCAGUCUGGUCAUUCUCCUCUGACCUCUUGCCCUCAUUUUUGCCAGGAUAACUGCUGCUCGCUGGAUAUUUUUAGAAAUUGGCGUGUGAAAAUCUGUGUUUCAGCACUUUUUAAAAAUACUCAGACCUGUGUAAUCACAUCAAAUUUUGAGUUAUAGGAAUAAGCCUUUUAUAUGUACUUUAGGCCAAGGGUCUUACUUUACAGAGGCUGCCAACUUGUGCAUCUUGUGUUUCUACAACAUUUCAACGCAAAUGAAGAAGAAUGAAAUCCUUUCAAGGCCACCAUAGAUUCCUGAUGCGUUUGUGUAGCUCGCAGUCUUUAUCACGACAUAUGACUCUUUAACUCAAGUCACAUGCUAAAGAUGACGUAAGACUGAAAAAUAAAGAAGUGCAACCAA